AUGUCCCAUACCCGGUCCACGUCCACUACCCAGCCCACGUCCACUACUCAUCCCCAAAAAUACAUCAUCAUUUCGAGGGGAAAUAAAAGCAAUGUCACUUUAAAGUCUCAAGUAUACACUUCCCAGUGCUUAUUCCAAUACAUACACAACAAAUUCCCAGACACGUAUAAAUGGGUGAACAAUCACUGGGAAAAAAUCCCGCUAGUCAUCCAAACAUGUGACUUGCCCAUCUGUAAGGGAAAUUUUGUGGAUAUUGAGCCCGAUUUGUGGCAAACGAUAAUAUACGACAUCAAUAACAUCCGUGUUGCGUUGAUCCUACGUAUUCAGUCGCCACCAUAG